UUUGCUUGAAGAUAUUCUGAAACUCGAACACAGGCUGGUUUGUUUGCCAGCCAGUGCUUCACAGCUGUCAACCUGAGUCGCAAGUGGCAGCUACUGUGAGUAGCUUCUGUGCAUUAUGAAGAAUUUUUCAUUUCCUGUGCAGGAUAACACACAUCAGACCGAGAGUCCUCCUCCUUACAGAUUCCUGAGUUUGACAAAUCAGUCAGAUCCUAUUGGAAGACCAGAAAGAGAUGAGCAAUUAGCUCAAGUAGAGAUUGCUGUACUGGGGGUCAUAUUUCUGACAGCGUCUGUGGGCAAUUUCAUUCUCAUACUGGUGCUGUGGCGAAGAAGAAAGAAGCUAUCUAGGAUGUAUGUGUUCAUGCUUCACCUCAGCAUUGCUGACUUAGUGGUAGCCUUUUUCCAAGUGCUGCCUCAACUCAUAUGGGAUAUUACAGAUGUUUUCAUAGGGCCAGAUUUCUUGUGCAGAAUUAUCAAGUAUCUACAAUUGCUGGGCAUGUUUGCCUCUACUUAUAUGAUAGUGGUCAUGACAGUGGACAGAUAUCAAGCUGUUUGCUACCCUAUGGUCACUUUUCAAAAGAAGAGAGCUCUCUGGAACAUCCCCAUUUGCACCAGCUGGUCCAUAGCACUGAUUCUUAGCCUACCACAGGUAUUUAUCUUUUCUAAGACUGAAAUAUCUCCAGGUGUCUUUGAAUGUUGGGGUGAAUUUAUUCAGCCUUGGGGCCCAAGGGCAUAUGUGACUUGGAUUUUUGUAGUUAUAUUCUUCAUUCCCUCAGCAAUCCUUAUCGCAUGCCAGGUCAAGAUUUGCAAAAUAAUCAGAAGAAACAUAAAUGUGAAAAAACAGAAUGAAUGUGAAGCAACAAAUCAGAAUCAAGUCCUGCCAUCCCGAGCAAGCAGUGUGAACUGUAUUUCAAAGGCUAUGAUCAAGACAGUAAAAAUGACAGUGGUGACAGUUGUUGCAUAUGUUUUCUGCUGGUCCCCUUUCUUCAUUGCGCAGCUGUGGUCCGUGUGGUUCCCCAGCAUCCUGACCGAAGGUUCGGCAUUCACCAUUAUAAUGCUCCUUGGCAAUCUGAAUAGUUGUGCCAACCCAUGGAUUUACAUGUAUUUCUGUGGCCAGAUUCCAUAUUGCACAAAUAAGCAGCUGGAGAAUACCUCGGCUCAAGAGGAAUCGGUGUUCACGGGGAGCAUUCACCUCGUAGACAGAGACCCUGAGGAAAACAGUACUUCUGCAUAAAUGCUGAGAGCUUUUUGUUGUUUUGUUGCAUUCCCUCUGUUCAAAAGACACUAAUAUUUUACCACCAUCCCUUAUUUUGUGGAUAAGGAAGCUGAAAAAUUGGUUUUUGUUGUAAAAAUAGAUUUCUCUGCAGUUCUGUAGCGUAUACAGGAAGUUUCUGUGUUGUGCAAGCCUGACAGUACUUCAAUCACCACUGUCUUAUCAGAAUGAAUUCCUGUAAGACUGACAAAGAUACAUCAAAGUAUCUUAGAUGUUUUGUGUCCCAAA